AGACAAUAGAUCCGUCCGAUUCCAUCUCAUGUGUAAAUUUCAGUCGGGGGUGGUAGUUAUUAAAGAUCGUGAGAACAUUAUCAAUUUCAUUUUCCGGUACAAUGGUAAUGAUGUCAUCAACAUAUCUAUAAAAGAAUGGAAUUGGUGAACUGUAACUUUUGUAAACAAUUGGUUUCUAGAUUAUCAAGAACAAUGUUAGCUAAAAUUGGGAAUAACGGAGAUCCCAUGGGACUGCCAUAUACCUGUUCAUAGAAUUGUCCCUCGAACCUAAAACUUCUAGAGCUUGAAACCAAAUUUACAGCAUGUAUAAAUUGCGGUAAUUGUAGUUUCGUAACAAUUGAAAUUUUGUUCCAUCGCUUUUUUAUGGACUCAAAAAUAAGCUCGUUUGGAACGUUUGUAAAUAAGGAAGUUACAUCAAGUGAAACUAAUCUUUGUUCAUUAUUAAUAUUAACAUUUUAUGUUGUCUAUAAAGAACAAGCUAUUAUCAAUAUGAGACUUCGGUUUGUUUAUCGAUUGUUCCAAGAUGUCAUGUAAGAAACUUGCAAUAUUGUAUAAUGGACUUUCAAUAGUUGAAACCAUAAUAUAUAACGGGAACUCAUUCUUGUGUAUUUUUGGAAGUCCAUAACAACGUGGCAAAUUGCCAUUAGUACAUCUAAGAAACUUAUAAGAGGUUUCGUCUAUAAUAUCGUUGUUACGCCAAACUUUAACCAGCUGAUUAAUUUUUGACGUGAGUUUUUUUAUAGGAUCUUUAUCUAGUUUUUUGUAUGUUGAAGUGUCAUCAAGUAAAUUGUUCAUUUUUUAAAUGUAAUCAUUUUUAUCCAUAAUAAUAGUAAUCUGUCCCUUAUCUGCCUUUGUAACAAAGAUGUCACCAUUUGUUUGCAAACAUUUUUUACGGUUACACGACAUUUUCCCGAAAACUAGAUGAGAAAAUGUUGGUACUAACCAAAUUCUCUAGGCAAUACCGUUUCAAUUUCUGCAGGUUAAUAAUACUGUUUAAGUAGUAAAUCCGCGAGUGUGCGGAGACGUUUUGACAUAUGCGCGCGCCAAAAUAAUAAAUAUUAAGUUAAAUUGUAACAUGUAAUUGAAAUUAAUGUUAAAAAAUUACAACUGAAUAUUAAGUACAUAGAGAUGAACAAGAAAAAAAAUGUUUUAUAUAUUUAUAUACAAGAUUUAUGAUUGAAAUUUGGUUUUCCAUAUUAAAAUCAUUGUCAGCCGAGAAACAAAAUCUGUGCAAGAUAAAAUAGAAACAUAAAGAAGGAAGAGGGAAAGAAAUAAAUGGAGAAUAAACAAAUAUAUAUCAGAUAAGUAGUUAAUAUCUUUAUAAGAAAUUAUGUAUUCUAUAUGUGCUUUUUGUAGAUGAACCGAUUCUUUUCUUGAAUUAAUUUUUUGUUUCAGCUUCUUUGCUAAUUGUAGAAUGUUGACAGCUGGACCAUCAGAGAACAAUUCCUUGCCGAGUAUGCUGUCAAAUUCUAAGCCUGCUACUUCCUUGAGUAUGCCAAAAUUGUAAGCAAAAAGUUGAUAUCACAUUGUAACAUCAAGUAUUAUUUCGUAAGUAAACAUAUACUAUUUGGAGUAAAACAAAUUAUCGUUAAAGAAAUAUUUUGAUAUCAUUAUUUUUGUAGUUAAUAUGUGUGUGUGUGUGUGUUUGUGAGUAUAAUUCAUUUAAAAUAAUUAUUAGUUUAUUAAUUAAAGUUACAUUUUAGUUAUAGUAUAAGAAGGCUCGUGAUAUUACUUGGGUUGAAUUAGAUGAAGACUAUCUUAGAUUUAAGAGGUGUUUUCUACAGCAUACACUUGGCGUUUUUUUUACCGUUUUUAAAAAGAUAAUUUUGGUUUAUUUUACAUCAAAUAGUGUAUUCACUUAUGAAAUGAUCCUCGAUUGUUGGACAAGCAUCCAUCGCUACUUCUAAAUCCAUUCUUGUAAAAGCCAAUGUAGGUAGCACAUUUUCUGUUUGCUGAAAGAUAAAAGGUGUAUACCGAUUAGCAGACUAUAUAACAAAAUAACAGUAAACAAUGAGCAGGUCUAUCGAAAGCGUUCAUGACAGGUUGACGAUAAACACAAUAGUAUCCCAGAUAGCACAGAGAUUCAAAAAGAAUUCAUAAUUGGUAACAUAAUUGGUAACAUAAUUGGUGACGUACAAUUGAGUUCUUUUUAAACUCUCCGUGCUAUCUGGGAUCUCUUAGUUUAAAUAAUGUCGGUACAUUGCUGAGACAAAUAGCACAUAUGCUUUGUAGAACAAACAAUUUCGACAAACCUGCUCUCAGUUUGUUGUAUCAAUCUGUUACUGCUGUUGUGAGUGCAUCACACUCACAUGUCGCAAGCGAUAGACGGUGUCGCAUGACACCUCGCGCGCGGCCAUCGCCCGGCCUACAUACCGGGCGUCGCACCGGGAAACGUACCCGGUUGCCUAAGACUCAACACCCAAAAUCAUCUGAUUUUGGGGUGGAAUCCGCAUGGCCAGCAAUUGCUGGCUCAGCGAGUAUCCUGUCCAAAGGCCUAUGACCGCGGAAGUACCUUCCCUGGUCAUACGCCUAAAAACGGUGUAUAUAUACACCGUGCGACAGACAACGAGCGGGCUUUGUCACACCGUAUACAGCGACUCACGUAUGUCGCCGACUCGUUAAUAUUUGUUACGGUUCAUCAUAAGUGUUAUCAAGUGUACUAACAAUAAGAAUAUACAUAUAUAUCCUGAUAUCACAACUGGCUAUAUUCUCUCGAAGACCUGACCCGAGGAGCAUCGGCAGACGAUCCCUAAUCCCUGUGACCCUUUAUUAAAGAAGGGCCACAACAAAUCUGGUGGCAGCGGUGGGAUACACUGCCGAAGAACCUACAAGGAAAGUACUCCCUAAUGGACGCAGAGUCUAGAAGAGAACAGCUAAAAAGGGAAAAGAGCGGAAGCCGAUCAGAGCGAACUAAACUCGCCAAAGAUCCUGCACCACGCAGCCGAGCCGAUCAGCUGAUCUGCGGACCCGAGAUCCAGCAAGGAAGACAGCCAUCGAGCCAGAGCUCCGCCAUCGGACAGCGCAACAGCGAUAGCGGCGUAAUCGGAGAAGACACCGACCUACCGCAUCGUGAUUCACCAGCCAAGCGGCGAAACGACGGACGACAGCAUGCAACGAUAUACUGCGUUAAUGUAAGUCCGAUAAAUCUUGUAAUGCGAAAUAGAUUAUAAGUUAGCGCGUCCGAAAAAUCCCGAAAAUACGCAAGCCCCCGGUAACCUAGUUAUCGAAAAACAACCUUAGCAAGUGAUUAGAAUAGGCGAAUGUCCGACAAUAGUAACUCGCCUAUACGCAACGAAUCGUGGCUCUUCAGUGCAGCUGCAGCGCGAUCAAUACAUUAUUUAGAAUUAGAUCUUGCCUGGCGAUCGGCCCAAGCUCUUCGCGAGGAUCGGGAUAACGUGCGCAGAGCUUUAGAAUAUCCCCCCGAAGGCAACAGCGAGUUACCCGAGUACGUGGUACGCGAGCGAGAAUUUCCCUUCACGAGUCUCGAUUCAAGUUUAUUCGAAUACGCAACACGAUCAGAAUUGCCGGAACCAGACCGUGAGAUCCGACGAACGAGACCAUACGUUAGCCGGACCCCGAGUCGCGUAUCCUCACGAGGUGAAUUUUCAUUGACCUCGUACGAUUCGGAUAUAUUUAACCCGGAAGAAAUUCUCGACCGAUACAUAAUGAGUGCCAACGACCAAGCACAGUCAUCGGGCGCUGAACAAACGGAAGCGCAACAAUUUAUGGCUGACGCGGAAAGAGAGCUACAGGAAAUACAUCAAACAAUUCGCGAAAAUCCAGCCGCCAGGGUAGCACAGCUCAACGUAGCGAGAGAAAGGGACGACGAAGUCCGGGAUACACUACGCGCCGUAAUUCAAGAAAUCCGUCGGUUGCAAACAGAUAUCGAUGCCGUGCGAGAAACACAACUGCACACGCAGCGCAUUUACGAUCAUCGCCCGUCGCGACCGAACCCGAGAGAUACGACCAUUAGAGAUCAAGACGAUGACGUUCGACAUCGAAGAGGCCGCGGGACACUACCGUUAAAGGAAGCGCGUUGCAUGAUCCCAGAAUUCGAUGGGAAUGCAAGUAAACUGCAGGAAUUCUUAAGCGCAAUGACAUACGCGGUAGAAAAUAUUGACCCGGCCGACGAAGUGACGCUAUUAGGCGCGAUAUUAUGCACCAAAUUAAAAGGUCGUGCCAUGCUGGAUUUCCAAACGCGAAAAGUCCGAGAUUUCGAGCAAUUAAAACAGGAGCUAGAAGCGUGUUACGCUAGUAAAAAGAGCACCACGCAUUUACAAAUCGAGUUUAAUACGCUCAAACAAAGAACUGGGGAAAACGCGCGAACAUACGGACUCCGCGCCGAUAAAUUAACCAUGGACCUGUACGAGUCCAUGAUAGAGGGUCGACAACACUACACGACCGAAAACAAACGCGCGAUACUCGAUAUUUUACAGCAACAGGCACUCGAAAACUAUCAAAUUGGACUUAACGACGACACAAAAGCCGUAGUCCGAUCGCGCGGUUACGCGACACUGCAAGAAGCAAUAGCCGCUGCUAGCGCGGAAGAGCGGAUAAAAGGAACAGCCGCUAACCGACCCAAGCCGAAAUACAAUACGCUUGGCGGAGACAACUACAAAAAUAAAUUACAAUGCCGCAAAUGUGGAAAAAUGGGGCACCAUGGUAAAGAUUGCCGAAGCAGCCGGUAUGCAAACCGUUUUUCGUUACCGCAACCGGAGAAACCACGCGUCAAUGCAGUCGACAAAUUUUGCAAACACUGCAAGAAACGCGGCCACACUCGGAAUGAAUGCUGGCACCUAAACGGAAAAGCUAGAAAUAAAACGUCAAAAGGCCCCCAAGGACCGCGACACAAUAAUAUAAAAGAUAAUAAUACGCGAAAAACAAUUGAAUCGCGAAAGAAAAAGAACUCCGAUUCCGAAUCCAGUAGCGAAGAAGAAAGAGGAUCAGCUGGAAAGCAAGAUAAGUACGCGCGCUCGUAUCAAAUUGCGCAAGUAACCCGAGCCGCCCAGCCGAGAAGCGGCCUUGACCAAAUCACGCUCCCAAUACAGGAGACGCGAGCAGGGGAGAUUGACAUGCUUUUUGACUCAGGCGCAACUCUCUCACUAAUAAAAGUAAAAACUUUGAAAGGGAAAACCAAAAUUUCCCCCGAAAAAAUUACCCUAGCAGGGAUAACUGGCCACAAAAUGCACACCAUCGGAAGCAUGCAGGCCCAUAUUAAACUAGGCGAGCAAGUAUUAGAACAUACUAUGUACGUAGUCAAGGACGAUUUCCCCAUGGAGUACGACGGAAUACUUGGACUCGACUUCAUGAAGAAGCACCGCGUAGUCUGUGAUUACGACAAACAGCAAUUAAAAAUAGCAGGCGUCACAUUUAAGCUAAGACCCUGUGGCAAAAUUAUUCUACAACCGCGCAGUGAAACUAUAGUACGAGCCAUCACUAACCGAAAUCAAUCCGGAGUGGUGCAAGCCAAGGAAACCAAACCCGGGGUAUAUAUCGGCCGAUGUCUGGUUGAACCAAAAAAUUUUGCAUGCGCAAUUAGCGUAAUAAAUACAACCGACAAGCCAAUAGAAAUACGUACUCCGCACGUGACCAUAGAAGAUCACGACGAAAACGACUAUCAGAUAUACGCUGUUAUUAACGAAGCGGAAUGUACAAAUAAACCACGGAGCGAACGAAUCUGACAAACACUACGCACCCGGCACCUCAACUGGGAA